GCGCUGUCCGCAAUCGCCUGCAGUGGUUUAACUCUGUAGAAUUGGAGCGACAACGGGUACACUCCAUGUUGCGAAGUCCUGAGGUGGCUAUUUUUGCACAGAUGGCCACUUCGGAGAUUCCUAAAGAAGCCGAACUGGAUUUGGAUAAUGGAAUACUUAUAGAAAUUUGCGAAGACAAUGUUAUCAUCGGAAUGGAAGGGAGUGGCGCAGUUUCGCUUUCCUUGCCAAAUUGUCAGUUGUUGCAUGCAGCAAAUUAUACAAACGAAGGUAUAUAUAUUCGUAAACCCAGGUGUUCCAGCACCGGACCUCUGCACUGGGUACUAAAUGAUGUAUACCGUUAGUAAUUUCCAAGUGUGCAUUCACUCUUGAUAGUACAGUAUCGACCAUUACAAUACUCUUCUGCUCUCCACCAAAUCCGAAUGUACCAAGAAUUUCUAGUAAUGGUAUACCCAGCGCUUUAUAUGAGUCCUCACGUAUUCUCACAGUUUAUGUUAGAUCUCGGCUGGCAGAGAGCACAAUGUACAAGUCUUUUCAGAGCAGCAGAUGUAACGGGUCGUGGAGGGCUAUCCUUUGCGGAGCUGGUGCUAUGGAUGGCGGCACUAGAACCUGUGACGCAACAUUCUGGUGUACCCGCUGAAAUACGAUGCCGAUAUAUAUUUAGAUAUUUUGACAGCAAUCGCGACCUGAAAUUGGAAUACAUAGAGUUCAAAGAACUGAUUGCCGCCGCUCGCGCUGCCAGACAGCUGCCAGUGGACGCGUUGAGCGUUGCCAGAGAUACAGACGGCUGUCUUAGGCAAUUGGGUAUCCAACCGAAUACUCAACUUCCCCUUGCUGAAUUUCUGCGAGGGGUAGGAGAAUUGAGAUUACGCGGCACGAGUUCUUUACUCCGUUCGCCUAAAAGCAUCUCUGGCUAUCUCCACGAUUUGCAGGAAGGCGACCGCGAAUUGAAUAGACAAAGUGCGAACACAGCAAAAGUUCACGCACAAACGAGCACGGCGUCCGCGAAUACCCGGAUUUGUAGUACAGCGGUGUCGUCGAGCGCAUCCGCUGGCGCAAGCGGGAAGCCGACACGACGCAUUGACUACUGUGUAGCAGUCUACACAGUUCGCCUGCACAAGCGUCCACCGAAUGAAC